AUGGCCAUUUUAUCGGGAAGUUGGGCGAUAAUUAUCGCCAAUGUAUUAACCCCCCUAGCCGUCUUAGUGUUUUCCUCUGGGUUUUUCCCUUACAAGCCAUUGAUACCAGGACUUGCGACAUUUGAAAAUGACAGUAACAUUACUGCUGUUCCAAAGGCCUUUGACAAGGUCAUUUUCAUGGUCGUCGACGCCUUGAGAAGUGACUUCGUCUAUUCCAAUAAUUCUGGGUUUCUCUUUACCCAAAGCUUGAUUCGAUCAGGAGCUGCACUCCCUUUCACUGCUCAUGCUAGUUCUCCCACAGUUACGAUGCCCCGUCUUAAGGCCAUAACGACUGGAUCCAUACCAUCCUUCUUGGAUGUCAUCUUGAAUAUUGCAGAGUCUGAUACUUCGUCGACUCUGGCAUAUCAGGACACGUGGUUGGCACAGUUGAAGGCACGAGGAGAGCACUUGGUCAUGUAUGGGGAUGACACUUGGCUCAAGCUGUUCCCUGGGAUGUUUGAGAGAGCAGAUGGCACCACAAGUUUUUUUGUGUCGGACUUCAGCGAAGUUGACAACAACGUGACUCGCCAUGUUCCCAACGAGCUCCUGCGGGAUGACUGGUCAGCACUUAUCAUGCAUUACCUCGGUCUAGAUCAUAUAGGACACAAAGCAGGUCCUCAAAGCCCUUACAUGGUAACAAAACAAAAUGAAAUGGACUCCAUCGUCAAUAAUAUAUAUACCAGCAUGGAGCAGGAAGAACAUCUCCAGUCCACCCUCUUUGUUUUGUGUGGUGACCAUGGGAUGAAUGAUGCCGGAAACCAUGGCGGUUCAUCCGUGGGUGAGACGUCACCCGCACUACUUUUCAUAUCACCCAGAUUCCAAGCCCUGAAGACUCCUAGGCAGUCUCCCACGGACUCGCACGGUGACUUCCAAUAUUACCGUACGGUCGAGCAAACAGACAUAACUGCAACCUUAGCAGGUCUCCUAGGCUUUCCGAUGCCUCUGAAUAGCUUGGGUGUAUUUAUCCCAGAACUCCUUGACAUAUGGAAACUGAGUUCACAAAGAAUCCAUUUGUUGCUCUCAAAUUCCAGGCAAUUAUUGAGAAAACUAAAGGAGACGUUCCCUAACCAUAGUUUUGAGCCCCAUUCGAACAGCAUCAAUUGUGAGACUGAAUCAUCACCUGACGUCUAUAUGGCUGAGUGUGCAUGGGUUCAGGUCAACCAUUUGCUCUUCAACUCUGGCGGAGAUGAUCAAGAUGAUAUUUAUCCCGAACUCGAGUUUGCCUUGUUUCGGUUCUUGAAAAUCGCUCAGAAGAUAAUGAGCAGUGCCGCUAGUGAUUACAAUCUCAGGGAUCUCCUCCUGGGCCUAGUCAUCACAUUCUUUGUUGUCUUGCUUUCUUUCCCUGCCACCUACACACUGCUCUCAAAGUCUGGACACGCCGGGACAUUCUUUGCAUUGAGUAUCCUGAGCUACGGUGGUAUGAUGUUUGCUAGUAGCUACGUGGAGGAAGAGCAACAAUUUUGGAAUUGGGCUUUUACGGCGUGGGCAUUCUACUUGCAUGUCAAAACAUCAAUUCAUCCGCGUUGCUAUACAUUCUCGCAGCACGGUUUGAGAAACUGCCAUCGCUUAUAUGUUCUGGUACUCUCCAGGUAUGGGGCGGUGAUGCUGCUGCUAUCUCAUAGGGUUUUGAGACGCUGGAACCAGACUGGUCAGAAAUUUGCCGCCAACCCAGACAUUGCUCGGACACUUCUCCCUUCUCACCAGCUCAUAUUCUGGUCCUUUGUGGCCUUGACAUACGUUGAUACUUGUAAACACCUCUCCAAUCGUUGUUUAUCAAGGCUAUGGCAGCUAUCUUGUGUCACAGUGACGGCCGGUGCAUUCCUUCUGAAACUUUCUUAUGUGGCCUCAGACUCCCCUGAGCUUCUUCCUGAGACCAUAUUCGUUCCUUUGAGAAAGGUGCUUGAUGGAGGUUCUCUUAUCAUCUUCACGCGACUGGUUUUUGGCGGCAUUUUUUUUCUCGUCCCUUUAUCGAUAUAUACUAGCAAAACCCCGCAACGGCCACUCGCGAUGGGAGGCAACACCGUCUUCCACGAUGCUCUCACUCUUUUCUUGAUAACGCAGUCGAGAGCUACGAACAUCCCGAUCUUCUUGAUUUUUAGGCUUCAUGCUGAUAUCCUUGCUUCGAUGACACUGACCGCCCUUGAGCUAGCCAUCACAACCCUGCUCGUACAAUAUAUGACCUUUUUCGCAUUUGGAGGUUCAAAUUCUAUAUCCUCUGUUGAUCUUUCUAAUGCGUAUAAUGGUAUUGGCAACUACAGCGUCGUCUUGGUCGGUAUUCUGACGUUUGUAAGUAAUUGGGCUGGGCCAAUAUGGUGGGUAUCGGCUGCUCAGGUCCUCCGCUUUGAACAGGCUCAGCAUGAAAGAAAAGCCCACAUCGCUAUUGUCACUUUCCAUAUGGCGGCAACCUUGAUGUCUGUCAUGGCAGCAUGCACAAUCUUGAGAGCGCAUCUCUUUAUCUGGACGGUCUUCUCCCCUAAGUAUCUCUAUGCAUUGGCAUGGACUAUUGUCAACCACUUGACCGUGAAUCUACUUGGUGAGGUCUUGUGUACUCUGCUACCACGAGGACAAUUGAAGCAGUGA